GUUACGAACGGGGCGCUGGAAGGAGCGGUUUGUAGCGCUUGUUUGAGGGCUCAGCGAGCUGACUUUGUUUUUUUUCAGCCCCGCCUUCCUAAGGGCUCUUUUGUUGCUUGCUGAUAAAAUCGGUGACAAAGUAGGAAUUGGAGACGUUUUUCCCUUCCUGGAGUUGCGCUGUGGCUCUCAGCCUGCGUCUGGCCGCGGCUCCCCUUUCCUCGCUGUGUUUGGAUCGCUGAUAUCCCCGUCCUGCUCCAAACCAAAAGCAGUUUUGCCUGACCUGCAGCUUGUCUGGCAGCACAACCUUGAGCCUUCCACUCUGAGCCCACAGCUGUGGAGUUUGGGGGAGGUUUGGGUCUGAUGAAAGGGGCGAAGGCUGAAAAGAACACUGCAAACUGCUGCCUGUUCUGCUCCGGGUCCUCAGGGUGAGACCUCACUCUGUGCACCCAUCCCACCACCAUGUGUGUGCACAGGGGGCACAGACGUACAGUUGUGCUGUAGUCCUCUUGCCUGCAGCCUAAUCAGCAAGCCUGAAGCAGGCCUGUGUUGGGAUAGGAGAGGUUACCUGCUGUAGGACAUGGUGGUGUUUGCUGACUGAUGUUACUCUUUCACUGCUGAAUCAGUGCUGAGCUGACGGUGUCUCCUCUUUCUGUAGAAAUUCCAGCUUCGAACAGGCUGUGAAAGCAAAGUUUUGGGGGCAUGAUGGAGCUUUUGGCAUUUUACCACAGAGUAGGAGAGUGUCCUGGCCAAAUUCCAACCUGGGUAAUUACAUUCUGCUGACUGAAAAAUGAGCAGCGGCGAUUGCUGCUUUUCACUGCCGGGCAGAGCACACAUAGGCUUGAAUUUGUGAAGCAAAGUAGGGUGAAGCAGAAUGACUCGGGCUUACAGAAACAUCACUGUAACUCUCAUAGCUCGUUCCUGAAGGCCUUGUGAGGUUUGUUUGGCUGCUGUUGCAUUCCUGCUGAUGCCAGUGCUGGGGCACUGCUUGGAAUGGCUGUAAGGCAUUGCAGGAUGGCAGCGGUGCUCUUUGCGUCACACCUCCACAUUCCCACACAUCAAGCAGGGGAACAAACAGAACAGGAGAAAAAAAGAGGUAUUAAAAGAACGUUCCAGUCCUAAAUUGCUGUGACAGUGCUGCUGGGGCUGACCUGUGGUUGGUGUUUUGUUUUCAGAAAGGCUGAGUGGCCCUUUGGUUCCAAAAGGUAGAGAACCACAAGUGUACGGUGUAGAAGGCAACGUGGAAGUGUGUUUCCUGUUCUGUCUGUAUAACAAUAUUUUUCUCUCCCUGACCUUCCCUGCUUUAUUUUGUACCCAGAUGUUCUUGCCUCUGUCUGAAACAUGCCUUGUAACUUCACACGCUUUUGGAAGAUCACUGUGUUUCACUGGGAUAGGAAUAUUGCAUCUGCUUCAUAGCAGGAAGAUGUUACAUGUAUUGCAGCUUAAUUCUGUUCUACUUUAAACCUAGAUAAAGAAUGAAGACUGUCCGUACCAUUUUGAUUACCUCUUCUAGGGUUCAAAGAGAGAAUCAUUUUCCCAGACCUCCGCUUGCUAAUGGCUCAGCUUGAUCUAAGCGGUGUACAGACAAACUGGCUGAUAAACCAAAACCCUUUUGGGAAGAGCCACCUCCAUGUCCCAAAUUCAACUCCUGCUGAUGUUGGCGGCUCUUGGUAAGCACCUUGAGUCUGAACCACACGACGUGACGAGAGCUGCUCGUGAGAAGAUGGUGUGAGUGCGGACCACGCUGCCGUGCCCACAAGGGAUGAGAGGAAGGACCUGCACAAUGACAGCUCCACGAGUUCCCGGCGUGAGAGUCCAGCAUCUGGAGUCUCAUGCUUUGUCUCCAGAUUGAUCUCCGUUCUCUUUAAGCUGUCACAAGUUUUGCUUUCGGGAUUUAGACCGCCGUUAACCGCAGAACUCCUGCCUCAAUCACAUCUUUAUUUUUCUUCCCACUCCCCCCCAUCGUUUUACACGAAGACUGUUAAUAGGACCGUUAGCGGAAUAAGCAAAGCCAAUACUCACAGGGUUUAACCUACGGCACCUUUUGCCCCAGAAUGCCUUACAAACGCCGCUCAGCACACGCCUCCCACAGCACAGCCCGCCCAGAGACCUCCUUCCACCCGGCCACCACCUUAAUUGCCCAGAGCCACUUCUAGGGACGCUUCGGCGCGUCGCAUCUCCCACCGUAGGCCGGCCGCCCCCCGAGGUGCCUUUCAGCUCCCAGAGCUCUCCCCACGGAUGUCCUGGGAACGAAGGAGCUGAUGCCACACGGCUGACGGAGCGCAGAGGAGUGACGGGGGAUGGCUGAAGGAGGGCAGGCCGGCGCUCCCCCCGUGCGGCUGUGGGUGCGACGCGUAGGUGUGUACUGCGAUGAGCACCGCAGGACGUGGCUCGUGGCUGCGGAAGAGGAGGAAGGUAUGCUGAGGGCUCGGAUCCAAAGAGUUCAGGUUCCCCUGGGUGAGGCGCUGCGACCCAGCCAGCUCCCCCCAUCCCGGCUGCCUCACAUGUGGCAGCUGUCCCAGGGUGAGCAGUACAGGGAUAGUAACUCUCGCGUUUGGGAGAUAGAGCACCAUCUCAUGCUCGGUGGUGUUGAAGAACUGCUGCUUAAACUCGUGCCUGGUGAUUAAUCUGGAGCAGUGGCUCUA